AUGGCGACCGACUUUGCGAUGCCCGUGCAACAAUUCACAGCAUCGCCUACCCAGUAUACCCUUUACAAUAAUACACAAUCACAACCGAUCUCCCCCAUCAACUCGGCGAAUGCCACCCCGGGCGCCUCACCUACCUCUCCUCGAACCGCGGUCCCGGCGCAUGUGCCUGCCGUCCAUCGACAAUUGAGACCACAGAAAUCACCAUUAUAUGUGCCAGCGGUCUUGCGACCAACCGACCCUCCAAAGAGAGCAGCCAAACCUACUCCCCUUACACCACCCCAGAGCAUGCACAGUAGUUUCGACGACCUAGAUAACAGCCGGGGUUUAAAUCGAAGAUCGACCGACGAGAAUGGAAAGUUGGGUUUGGGAUCGAUUGUCGAAUCCGAAUUCAAUACCGAAGGCCUCGGAAAAGUGACGGCGUUGCCAACCAAAGAACACUGGAAGAUCAGGAAGCAAAUUAUCAUCCCAAAGGAUACCGCAGUCGAUCAUGCGAACAUUGCUGGGGAGAAUAUCGAGCCUGGCACAUUGCAAGAUCCAGUCGAUCGAACAGUGACACCUCUGAAGGUCAACCUGCAACUCCCACCCUCAACUGCCAUGGCAAUGCCGCUCGAGAGUUAA